AACAAGGAGGGAUGGUCUUGUUGUUGGCGCCGCGCGGCAUUAGCGGUUUGUUUUCGCACGUGAAACUAUCAAUAAAAAUCUUCUCUUAGGGAGAUUUUUUUCUUGAAAAGGAAAAAUCGACCGACGGAAGUCAAAUUUGCAGGAUGAGUGGAAUGGACCAAUUACGUAGGAAAUCGCUGCAUCGAGGAGUGCUUUCGCUGGACCUAGAUGACUCAUUUCCAGACGACACGAUCCAGAUGCUCCAAUCGCCCACAAUCAGACGCCAAAACUUGAGAAAUGCUUCCACUCUGGAUACAACAGCAUCAAUCAAUGAAAAUUCAUUGAUGGACGUUUCUAUUCUACAAGGAGAGGCCUCAAAGUUCUACAACCAGUCAAACGCGUCUGAAUGUGUCGAGCCAACAGAGUCUUUGGUGCAGGCAUUUUACAACGUUUUUGAAACCUACAACGACGGCCAGUCAGCUUUCGAUGCCGUCAAGGAGUUCCACGAAAUCUGUAAAACACUCUCCCAGUCUGCAAAGAACAACAAGGUUCUGGAAAAUUGGCUGAUUGAGGAGAAGAACACUUGGCACCUAGUGGAGACUCUAUAUGGAGACCGAUUGAACUAUGAAUACGACGAGGAAAUGCCCAUGGAGUUGAUGCUGAGUGAGAAAGAAGUUAUGCUAGACGUCUUCAACAGGGAUAGCGUCACCAGGCAGUGUCAGUUAGUGGUUGAUUGGCUUGAGCAGGCAGAAGCAGAUAAGAAGGAGCAGUCGCAGAAGCUGCAGGCGCAGCACUUUUCUGACAAAACUGUCUGCUGGGAAAACACAGUUUACCAAAUUCAGCAAAAAGACAAUCUGGCUUACACAUCUGGAGUUGCGCUUGUCACGGAAAUUGAUCCAGACGCUCCAUUGCGACAGCAAAAACACAUCCACAGUCUGGACUUGGAAGACGAAAGGCUGCUUCUCUCGCAAAUUCUGUCACACAUCCGGUGCGGUCAGCUGGACCUGGCACAGCAGCUGUGCAUGCACUGCGGCCAGCAGUGGCGGGCGGCCACCCUGGAAGGUUGGCGGCUGUACCACAACCCAAACCUAACCAAGGAGAGUGAGAAUGGCGUGCUGUUGCCGAUCGAGGGUAACCCGAACCGCGACAUCUGGAAGGUGGCCGCGUGGCGCAUGUCCGAGGACAACAGGCUGCCGCAGGCCACAAGGACCACAUACGCGGCUCUGUGCGGCCACCUGCAGCAGAUGCUGCCGAGCAUGGUCACCUGGGCCGACUGGCUGUGGGCGCACCUCAGGGCGAUGAUUGAUGUGCGCAUCGAGGAGGAGAUCCGCGAGCGCGUCAACAAGCAAUAUGUCGAGAUGCCAAACAGCUACUGGGCCAACAAGAUGAGCCUGACGCAGAUCUUCGCGGCCCUCGCCUCCAGCCCUUUGCCUAAGAUCAGGGCCGAGCACGCCGAAGACUUUCCCACUGUACAGAGGGCGCUCAUUCUUGAUGACAUGGUCACCCUCUAUGCCACGCUUGCCGCCUGGGCGCGCCAGCACGCUGACCUCAAGUUCCAAAAAUCACCUUUGCUCCUCAGAUUUUCCGCUCACUUGGUGCUGAUCCUGAAGCAGCUCGGCAAAGAGGAAAACGAGUCGUGCGCCCAACACGCGGCGGAAGUGCUGAAAAUCUACUCAAAGUACGUGAUCAGCACGAAGAAGCCCGAGAUUAUCAUCUCGUACAUUUCGCAACUUCCGCAAAAGGAGCAGGUGGAGGCGUUGGCUGUAUACCUAGAGAGCAUCACAGACCCCGACCUGAAGGCGCACUGCCUCAUCCUGGCCAACAACGCGCAGCUUGACGUGGAAAAGGCCGCCCGUCAGGUCGUCAUUUCCAUCAGGGAACGACCCGUUCCCAUCACAGCCCUGAACCCCAAGGAUGAGUACUACGCCAAGAUCCAAGCGCUGGACUGGCUAGUCGUUUGCCCGACGCAAAGUGGCGAGGCGCUGUGGCACGCAAACGCACUCGUCCGACAGUUUGUGGCCAAAGGUGAGCUCGACCUGGCACGGAUGACCUACGCAAAAAUCCCGCAGGACACGCUGCACCACAUCGUCCAGCAGGGACAGUUGCUGAAUGACGAUGAGGACACAAUGCCACGUCACAGCGCUGCCAUGAGGGAGUACUUGUCCUUCCAGCACUACUUGGACGCACAUCGAGAUUUUGGAGAGUGGAUGCACUAUUUGCACAAGAAGAAGCCGAUUUCUCCUGAAUCAGUGCCAAAAGAAGCGACUUUCCAGCAGAAGUUGCUUUUUGAGGAGCAGCUUAAGUACUACAAGUCUGCCCACGAGAGUUGGAAGAAAAAUUUGUGUCACAUGGCUGAGGUCUGCCACAAAAGGUUCAUAAACAUUCUCACGUUCCCUGAUGGCAUUUGGCUGAAAGAAAUGGGCCAAUUGGAGCCCUGCGCGGAAGUGAACGCGAGAAAUGUAGAAAUUGAUGCCCUGAUCCGUAUUGUAAUACCGCAGUCUGCAUUUCUUGUACACGACAUUUGUCUCAAGUCUGGAAAUCCGAAGGGUAGCAUGGAUUUGGCCAACAUAAUUGCCUCAGAACAAUACGAACUGUACAAAUUCUUCAACAAAAAAGACUUGAAAGAGCUUCUGCAGAAGAUCUGUGAAUCAUCAGUUGAGUUGUUGAAAAUGAAUUAUGACUCAUUUGGUCACGAAGCAUCGAGUUAGAAUUCGGAAUACACAUUAUGUUCUAUAUCUUUAAUAAACAAUA